UGGCGCGGUCACGUUCACUAGUAGUAAGCGAGGUCAAAGGCUAAAGGGUACAAGCAAGAUGGCAGCCGCCAAGCGUGUGCUUUACAUUGGUGGGCUUGCGGAAGAAGUUGACGAAAAGGUUCUUCAUGCAGCAUUCAUUCCCUUUGGAGACAUAACUGACAUUCAAAUACCGCUCGACUAUGAAACUGAAAAACAUAGAGGUUUUGCCUUCAUCGAAUUUGAACUUGCAGAGGAUGCUGCUGCCGCUAUUGAUAAUAUGAAUGAGUCAGAGCUGUUUGGCAGAACUAUCAGGGUGAACAUUGCCAAGCCCAUGAGGAUCAAAGAAGGCUCCUCGAGACCAGUGUGGUCCGAUGAUGAUUGGCUGAAGAAGUUUUCAGGGAAGACCUCAGAGGAAGCCGAGGGGGCGGAGCCUGCAGGAGAGGCAGCCGGUACGGAAGCACAGGAGGGCGAGCCACCAGCCAAGAAAGGCAGGUCCAAUCCUCAAGUCUACAUGGACAUCAAGAUCGGCAACAAGCCAGCAGGACGACUACGUUUCCUACUCCGAGCUGACAUCGUUCCCAUGACUGCAGAGAAUUUCCGUUGCCUGUGCACCCAUGAGAAGGGGUUUGGGUUCAAGGGCAGCAGUUUCCACCGCGUCAUCCCUCAGUUCAUGUGCCAGGGAGGAGAUUUCACCAACCACAACGGCACAGGGGGCAAAUCCAUAUAUGGACGCAAGUUUGACGAUGAGAACUUCGUCCUCAAACAUACCGGCACAGGGCAGCUCUCUAUGGCCAACUCAGGCCCUAACACCAACGGCUCGCAGUUCUUCAUCACCUGCGACAAGACAGACUGGCUGGACGGCAAGCAUGUGGUGUUUGGGGAGGUGAUCGAGGGCAUGGAGGUGGUGCAUGCCAUGGAGGCCCAGGGGUCAAAAGAUGGCAAGCCCAAGCAGAAGGUGAUCAUCUCAGACUGCGGGGAGUACGUGUAACAGGCACAUACAGGAAGGCAGACACGCCCUGCAAGUUCUGUCUGCCGUUCUGGGAGAGGGACCCAUCCUGAGUGACUACAGCUGACCAGGGCCAGGUCAGAUUUAGAAGGUUGGUUCUUUCCACACCAGCAAACCCACCUGAAUCUGGAUUCCUCCCACAACUGCUUUAGGUUUCCAGACAUGUGCCAGAUUGUCCCCACAAUAACACUGGUGUGACCUCAAAAUAUCCUGUUUGUGUGAGGCCCAGGCAGAGAUGUAAAUACUAUGUGAAUAAAUGUUUUUUUACAGCCAGAAA